CAAGUCCUGGUCCUGGAGAUCUACCACCCUGCAUAGUGGUAGAUCUCACGGUGUUAAGCCUUUUUAAAAGUGUUUUGUUUGACGCACCAAAUGGCAGGUUCUAAGCUGACAGUGUCAACACAGCAGUAGAACAAUAAAAGUGUUCAUGCACUGUAAAGUGACCAUUCCAGUCUGACUGGUGAAUCGUUUAAAUCGAAAGUAACUUGUUCAGGUCAUCCCACUGCAGAAGUCUGGAGGAAUACAGAGGCUGUGUUUUUGUGUGUUUCAGUGUGUUUUACCUUUUAAUCUAUUGUACUAGUAUGGUACAAUACAUUGAUCCUGUAACUCACAGGAUAUAGAUGAAGAUCUGCACCAUGAGCUUCAUCCUGCUGUGUGUUCUGUACUGCAUGGUGAAGGCGGCAAGAGCAGAGCAGCACACUCUGCAGUAUUUGUACACACUGCGCUCAGCACCUGAAGAUGAACCAGAGUUUGAAAUAACGACAGUGUUUGAUGGACUCAUCAUCUCUCACUGUGAGAGCCCCAGUUUCAGAGAUCAGUCCAGACAGGAGUGGAUCCAUCAGGCUUUCAAUGCUGAAGAGUGGAAGAACAGAGACCGAUUCUGUGAGGGAGAGUAUUAUUUCCACAAGACUCUAAUAGAGAAGAUUCAACAGAUAAUCAACACAACCAAUGGUUUGAUCCAGAGAGAGAGAAGCUGUACUGCAGAUGAUUCAGAAGUCUCUAUGAGUGACAGGUGGGGGGUGAACGCUGAAGAUUUUCUGACUUUGGAUCCGGUCACUCUGAAAUGGCGUUCUGAGUCUUCACUGGCGAGAACAGUACGAUCAGAAUUUAACCAGAAGAAGUUCAUGGCUCCGUCGCUGAAGAGCUUUCUGUCAGAAGAGUGUAAACCAACUGUGAUGACGCUGAAGAAGAAGAAAGCAGACUAUCUGAAACAAAAUCAGAGUCCUGAUCUGUAUGUCUUUGGCAAGUCUUCUCCUGACAGUGACACUGUAUCUCUGCGCUGUUAUGUCAGUCAUAAGUUUUUACCAGGAGUCCGUGUUCGUCUGACUCUGGAUGGAGAGGUACUGGAUAAAAAUGUUGAUGUCUCCAGUCCAUCUCCAAAUAUGGACGGCUCACUUCAAAUCAGACUUCAGACAGAGACCAGCAUGAAACAGCCUGACCGUUAUCAUUGUAUGGUGGACACAGAUAAUCUGCAUGUUUCUAUUGGAUGGGAUGGCCAGACACUGGACGAAAAGACUCUUCACCAAGAGCAAGUCUCUAAAGAGUUUCACUUGCAUUACCUUGUGUUGUUCCUCAUCGUUGUUGUAAUUACACUACUUGUUGUUGUGGCUGUUAAAGGUGGGAUUUUUGCAGGUAAAAAAGAUUACGUAAAAAGGAACAAAAGCAUCAAUAAUGCGGUGCAGGUUUUCUUGUCACUUGUUCAAAGUGAAGAAGAGUGGGAAAGAGAAGCUGAAGCUGAUGAUGAGUACCACGGGCCCAUGAGGUUUAUUAUAAGAAUUCUCAGAAAAACAGAGCUUGUAACCUGAACAUCACAUGAUAAGGAAAUCUACAUGCGUUUGUUCAUGUGUUUACUUGUCCUGGACUGAUGUCAUACCACUCUUACCAGAGCUGUUGGUGAGGAGCAGGAGAACAUAAAGCUUUCAUUCAUCACUGAUUCUGACUUAUGUCUUAGCAUCACGAAACACAAAGCAGGUUUGUAGCAGGCACUAUUUCAUCCUUGUGACUGUGGCUUGAAGAUCUGAUUGGACAUUGUAGCUACCCAGUGCUGAGAAGGACAAUAUUCUCUACUUUACUGUGAUGGUCAGGUUAUGAAGUUUUGCAGCAUCUUUCAGCCUGAAACUGUAAGAGAUUUAGUAUAAAUCAUCUGUGCAUUUAUUUCAAGGCUAUGCUAUCUUUCCUUUGGCAGGAUUUGAGCUAAUGUUGUGUAAAGUAUAGUAAUGUAUCUUCACAAAAAACACACUUAUUUUAACUGUUCUGCACUUGAUUCAAAACUAUUAUUCAUCUAAUCCAAAUGACUAUGUGUAGUUUGUGUGUGUAAAAUAAUAUACUGUGAUUUUUUAAAAAUGCAUUGUAUCAUUUCAUAAA